AUGAAGAGUUGCAGGAUCCUUGCUGAGGAAACCAAAGGACAAGUUUAUCUCUAUGAAUUUGGUGGUAACUGGAAGCAUACCAUCACUUUGAAAGACAUCCUACCAGUUAACGAGUCAAAAACCUACUCUGUUUGCAUCAAGGAAGCUAGAGCCUGUCCACCAGAAGACUGUAGAUGUACUGCUGGGUACGCCCCAUGUAUGAGAGCUUUAGAUGAUGAAUCUCAUUCUUCGCAUACUCACACUCGCGAUUUUAUCGAACGUACUACCAGCUCAAGUGUACUCAAUCCUGUUCACUUUGAACUAGACGAAAUGAAGCAAUGUUUGCAAACUUCAUGGGAGCCAUCGGAUCAACUGACAUCAGCUCGUCUUUGGGUGAUUUUCCUGAUUCACAAUGAAAUGCAAAUUUAUAUCAAUUGCACUGAUGAUUUGAGUGCUACGUAG